AGGCGGAGGGUUAGAACACGUCACAUUCAUGACGCCGUUAUGGUGACGUUUUUUUGGCCUUCAUCGAGAUUUAUCCCAAGACCACUCGCACCUCAUCGCUGCACACACCGCCGUUGAUCUAACUUCACGAUGCCGCGUCAAAAGCGAGGAAAGUCGGCUCGGAACCGCCGCCAACAAACAAAGGGGACACGUAGAAGCGAGCGUUUGGCUGGUCGCGGUCCAGCUACCCGGGAUGAUGCAACACGGACAAGCCAUGAAAAUGUAGAGCAAAGCAUAUCCCCGGGCCGUCGGUAUCCCGUGCCCAUUGAACGACUCCUAGCCGAGCUCGGCGGUGAUGGGGCUGAUGCAACAAGCUAUGGAGAUCUUGAGCAAGCCGCGUCACUAACCCACACGCACUCCACCACCCCUAUGGAACGACUCCCGUGCGAGCUCAUCCGUAUUAUCGGCGAGCACCUGCCCGUGGAAUCGCGCGUUACGCUCGCCCUGGCGAGCCGCAUACUGAUGUUCAAGUCUGGUGGGAUCGGCCCCGGCAGCAAUAACAUUGCGUUGGACGAGAAUCCCCCAAGCCAGGUCGAGGAGGACGACGACGCUUACCCGCCUCCAACGCCGCGCAUGAUGCUCCUGGAGCUGCUCGAGCACGAAUCGCAGUUACUCACGCGGUGCGAUUACUGUAGAACGCUCCACUCGCCGCUCUCAACAAGCGCGCACAACGUUUUACGCCCCUGCCAUCAGCCUACUCGUUGUUUCGCCCCACCCGUGGGCUGUUGGGGUGCUCUCCAGAUCACACUGCCUCUCAUCCGCCGCGCCGUCAUAUGGGACCGCCAGGGACUCGAGGCGGACUCGCUCCUUGCCGCCGCUAGCUGCAGCACCGCCAACCCAAACCCCCCGGAUUCCCCGUACCGCUCCUUGUCCACCCUUCGGGCUCGCGUUUGCGGCGGCUCGGUCGUUGUGCGAACACAAAUCUUUGUGGCACGCACAGCCCCAUCCCGUCCCACCAGCCUUCCCGCGGCACGCGACCUCGCUGCCUUGGACGACAUCCUGCGCAGGGCAUCACAAUCUUGGGUGACGGGUACAAAAGCCCAUGAACGCCCGACGCGAAAAUAUAAAACGCCCAAGUGUCUCGCCAAGGUGGACGCGGCAUCCCGAAAGACCAUCCAUCGCCACACUGUUGGAUGCUACCGCGCCGACGCCGGCCCCCCGCGUUCCGAGCUCCCCUACAAACUGCGCUGCAUGCUGAUGCACAACGUCCCCUGCCGCUCGCGCGGGUGCCGCCGGGUGGGUGACUUCCCGGGCCACGUCGGCGGCAGCCGGGACUGCUUCCUGGACCACGCGGCGACGGCGAUCCCGCUGGCGGACCCGCGCAGCCCGUGGGACCGCGUGCUCGUCUUCACGAGCUGGCGGGACCUGGGCAGCGGGGACUCGAAGCACGACGCCAAGUGGGCGGCGCGCUCGGGAUACCAGUGCGCUUGGCCCGACCGUAACCAUCGCGCCGACCACCGGAGUCGGGUUGGGGACGCGUAUGAAGCGUUCGAGGGCGCGGCCGAGGGCGCCCCCUACGUGCCUGAGCUUUCGCGGAUAGGCGCCAACGUGUUGCUUUCUCGGUAGCUGGUCCUCAGCGGUGUAUGCUAGACAGGGGCGUAUGAGAGGGGAGGAUCUCUCGUUGGGAUGAUAUUCCUCAAUAGAUUCGCGGUUGGAGUCUGGCUUCCUCCACCCAUAUAGUGACCUCUCACUACACA